AUGAAUAACCGAACGAGUAAAUGUACCGAAAAUUCUCAACUUCUGGCUGAUCCUGAUAGUUUCAAACUGGCUUGUCAUAUAAUGACUGGAUUCGCCAUUCCUAUUCAUUUCUAUGGAAUGUGGUGUAUUCUAUUCAAGACUUCUUCAAUGAUGCUCUCUGUCAAGAGACUGUUGUUAUGGACACAUUGUCUCGGUGCAUUGCUGGAUUUAAGUUUGAGUUAUCUGUCAAUGCCUUAUUUAUUAUUCCCAACAUUCUCUGGAUAUUCAUUGGGCCAAAUGAAUAUGCCAGAACUGCAGAUUUACAUUGAGAUGUCUCUCGCUGCACUAAUGUGCACAUCAAUUCUCAGCAUUUAUGAAAACCGAUACUUUGUCUUAUUUGGUAAAAAUGAAAACCCUCGGUGGAACCGCAUCAGGAUGUACUUUUUGACCUUCAACUACAUUUUGGCUGUUACUUUCAUCGCGCCGAACUAUAUUUUUUGUCCAGAACAAACCAUAGCCGUGAAGAUUAUUACAGAGAGAUUACCAUGCACUCCGGAGCAUUCAAUCAACAAUCGGAACUUAUUUGUUGCUGCUUUGGAUUUGAAUUUUACAUUUUUCUGUCUCACAUUUGAGACAUUUUUACUUUUUAUAGAAGUCGCUACAUUUUUCUUUAUUGUUUCUGUUAGACUGAUGUAUCGAGGACAACGGAAGAUGUCAUUAAUGUCAAACAGAACUCACAGUUUGCAAAAGAAGUUUGUCAUGGCUCUUUGUUUUCAGUCAACAGUACCAUUUGUGCUGAUUGUUGUUCCCAUCGUGUACGUUUUGGCGACAUUGAGGCUUAACUAUCAUAAUCAACUGCUUACAAAUAUAUGUGUUCUCAUUGGUUCUUCCCAUGGAAUAGUUGCAACUAUCGUGAUGGUUCUCAUCCAUAAAUCGUAUAGAGAUGCUACCUUGGAUCUGAUAUAUUCUUGCUGUGUCAGGAAAAACUGGAAAAUUGGUUCAAGAAAGAUUAGUACUAACGUUUCGCCUGUUAAUCGUGUAAUGAAAUUUUGA